GGGUCUGCCUCGCAACCACCGCCCUCACCUGCCGCGUGCACCCGUCUGCUUCCAGCUGGCCGCUCGGUUCGGUGUCCCCGCAGCGCCGCUCAGCAUGUGCCCGCCGCGCAGCCUCCUCCUUGUGGCCACCCUGGUCCUCCUCCACCACCUGGACCACUUUAGUUUGGCCAGGAACCUCCCCGCCACCACAGCGGGCCCCGGAAUGUUCCAGUGCCUCAACCACUCCCAAAACCUGCUGAGAGCCGUCAGCAACACCCUUCAGAAGGCCAGACAAACCCUAGAAUAUUACUCCUGCACUUCUGAAGACAUUGAUCAUGAAGAUAUCACCAAAGAUAGAACCAGCACAGUGGAGGCCUGCUUACCACUGGAAUUAGCCACGAAUGAGAGUUGCCUGGCUUCCAGAGAGACCUCUUUGAUAACUAAUGGGAGUUGCCUGGCUUCCAGAAAGAGCUCUUUUAUGAUGACCCUGUGCCUUAGCAGUAUCUAUGAGGACUUGAAGAUGUACCACAUGGAGUUCCAGGCCAUGAAUGCAAAGCUUCUGAUGGAUCCUAAGAGGCAGAUCUUUCUGGAUCAGAACAUGCUGGCAGCUAUUGCUGAGCUGAUGCAGGCCCUGAAUUCCCACAGCAAGACUGUGUCACAGAAACCCUCCCUGGAAGAACUGGAUUUUUAUAAGACUAAAAUCAAGCUCUGCAUACUUCUUCAUGCCUUCAGAAUUCGUGUGGUGACCAUCGACAGAAUGAUGAGCUAUCUGAGUUCUUCCUAA